AUGAAUCACUCUGGUUUCCGGGAUCUACAGGCGAACAACCUUGUCGACUCUGUCAUUCCUGUCACGACAAUGAUUUUCUCGGUACUUGGCCUGGUCAUCAACUCAAUAUUUAUAUAUUUGACAAUAAAAGGGAUUAGAGACAAGGUUUUACCGUUGAAGGUGCCUAGCACGCUCCGUCCGCAGUUAGAUACGAAAGAAUUGAACACUGGAGGAAAAACGGAGGCCCUAUUUGGGCAAAUUCACUUCCCCUUUAAACUGCAUGCAAUAUGCCAGACGGCCUAUUCGUUGUUGUUGAACAGAUCGUUCACUGAUGUUCUUACCUCAGUUCUGACGCUGAUCUUCGUCUCACUUCAUCGGUACGAUCAAAUCCCCGAUCCAAAACUUUAUCCCGAUAAAUACCAAAAUAUGACACUGGAGGAGUUGGACUAUCUGAUACCUCAUGGCCGGACCAUGUUCACCAUGCUGCUCACCCUGAACUUCUGGGCAUCGGCAGGAUGUUAUUCUGUCUUGGCCCUGUUCAUGUUUCUCGCCGUUCGUCAUCCAAUCAUCUACCGUGUAAAGAUCACCUCGAAGCGAACCAGUAAGUAUACAUUACCUACCUAUCUUCUAUGA